CACCAGUCACACUUCACACGCGCCGCCUUUCGCCUUUCUCCGCUCCCGCUGCUGCUCUUCCGGCCCGCGCAUCGCCGCCACCUUCGACCCGCGAUGCCGCCCGCUCUGCGGCAGCGCGAGCGUCUCGCCGCCGCCGCCUCUGCCGCCGAGGAUGCCGCGCUCCUCGCCGGCUCCAGCGUCGGCAGUGGCGCGUCGGGCGCCGCAGGGCUCGGUGCACGUGCAGCGUCGGAGCAGUCGCUGCCGGCGCACGCCAGACAUCGGCCGCGCGGCAGCAGCGUGGCCGUCGACUUUGAGGACAAGGAUGCGCCGCAGCAGGGCCGCGUCGAGGGACAGGGCGAGACGGAGCUGAGCAGGAAGGACAAGGAGGCCAUUGCGCUGCUCGUGGUGCUCUAUCUCCUGCAAGGCAUCCCCGUCGGCCUGGCGUUCGGCACGAUGCCGUUUCUGCUCAAGGCACGCCUGAGCUACUCGGACAUUGGCGUCUUCAUGCUUGCCACGUAUCCGUACUCGCUCAAGCUGCUGUGGAGCCCCGUGGUGGAUUCGAACUGGGUUGGGAAUCUGCGCACGCCGCUCGGCACGCUCUCGCUCGGGCGGCGCAAGUCGUGGAUCGUGCCGAUUCAGACCAUCGUCGGCGUCAUGCUCUGGUUCCUCGGCUCCAACGUCGAUCGCCUCCUGCUCGCCCCGCACCCGGAUGUGUACCUCAUCACCACGCUCUUCUUCACCCUCGUCUUCUUUGCCGCUACACAAGACAUCGCCGUCGACGGCUGGGCGCUCACGCUGCUGUCGCAAGAGAACCUCAGCUAUGCCAGCACGGCGCAGACCGUCGGCCUCAACACGGGCUACUUCUGCAGCUUCACCGUCUUUCUGGCGUUCAACUCGACUGAGUUUGGCAACAAAUACUUCCGCAGCGCGCCGCUCGACUACCCCAUGCUCUCGCUGAGCGCCUACCUCAAGUUCUCGGCCAUCGCCUACCUCGCCGUGACGGCGUGGCUGCUGUUUUUCAAGCAAGAGGAUGCAGAGGCGACGGACAAGCCCGAGAUGGACACCAAGAGCGUGUACGGCGUCAUGUGGCGCAUCUGCAAGCUCAAGCACGUGCAGGCCUUCAUCCUCGUGCACUUUGUCGCCAAGAUUGGCUUCCAGGCCAACGACGCCGUGACGAACCUCAAGCUCGUCGAGAAGGGCUUCGCCAAGGAAGACCUGGCGCUUGCCGUGCUCAUCGACUUCCCGUUUCAGCUCGUGCUCGGCUACCUGGCCGCGCGCUGGUCCAAGGGCGCCAAUGCGCUGCGCCCCUGGCUCAUCGGCUACGUGGCGCGGCUCGGCUUUGCGCUCGUCGCCAUGGCGCUGGUGCGCGGCGUGCCGACGCAGCCCAUCGGCAUGCCCUACUUCAUCCUCAUCAUCAGCACCACGGUGCUCGGCAGCUUUGCCUCGACGGUGCAGUUCGUCGGCAUCAGUGCCUUCCACACGCAGAUUGCCGAUCCGCUCAUUGGCGGCACGUACAUGACGCUGCUCAACACCGUCUCCAACCUUGGCGGCACCUGGCCGCGCUACUUUGUCCUCAAGGCAGUCGACUACUUCACGGUCUCGGCGUGCGGCGCACCGGGCGCGCAUCACCCACGCAGCGCCGCGGCGGCCGCAUGGACGGCCGACAAGCUGGCCGCGGCGAGCGGCGCACACGCAGUGAUCGGACAGGAAUGCGUCUCGGACGCCGGCAAGGCGGCAUGUGCGGCCGUCGGCGGCGCAUGCCACGUGCUGCGCGAUGGCUACUACGCCACAAGCAGCAUCUGCAUUGCGCUCGGCGCAGUGCUGCUCGUCGUGUUCAUCACGCCCGUCUGCCGCCGCCUGCAAGCGCUGCCGCCAUCGGCAUGGCGCGUGAGCCUCUCCAACACAAAAGGUCGCGUUGCCUGAGGCUCGCAAGCCAGCGCCACGCUUCCACCUGGCCUCCUCCUCCUCCAUCUCAUGCGCUGCAUAUUACACAUCGAAAGGAGCGGCAAAUGGAGGUCCCAGUUAGAAAGAGGCGGCGGGACGCGUGCACCAAGUCGUGAGAGAGGUCGUGGGAUGAGUCGUAGAGGAGUCGUGUCGGACGUGCGAGGGAGACGGCCAGCCAGCGGCG